AGAUUUGGUUCGCGCGCAACAAGAAGCAAUGCUACUCCCCUAAAAAGGUUUUCCAAGACUAUGUGUGAUUUUCUUGCUUCAAAUUCCAUCGCCAAUUCUGUGGCCACAGCUCGAAGAUUAGCUUUUCUCAAUCUAAGGCCAAGAAACGAACUUAAACCCAGAUUCCAUGCCCCCUUCUGUGUAAACUCAUUCAAUGCCAGUUAUUUAGACCCUGCAGAUGAUAACAAUGGCGAUGCACAAUUCCUUAAGAGUGCUUCAGUGGCAAAUCGACGCUCUCGCAGGAUGGGCUCGAAGAAUUAUCGUUUCUAUGAUGAACUUGAAUUUGAGGAUAAAGGGGAAAAGAUAUUCGGUUUAGAGAGAAAUCGGGUCGAUGGGGAUGCAGUAAAUUUUCCAAUCCCCGGGUCUUCCGCCAGAGACCCAGCUAAUAAUCUGGGUUUCAGGGACGAUACGACAGCUUCAUCGGGAUCAGAGGAUUUUGUUGAGUUGAAUUCUGGUUCAAACGUCGAUGAGCGGAGCAGAAAGGAAGAGAAUAGUUCAAGGGAGGAAGAUUUGGUUCCAGUUCAGAGUGAUACAGAUGGUGUUGAUUUAGAAAAAGACGAGAAAUUUAAUGUUAAACUUGGAAUUAGAAGAGCUAAACAGGUUAUCAGAAGGUCGACCUUGUUGGCAAAACAAGUCAUCAGCAUUCGCUCUGCUAUUAGCUUGGGAUUCGUCUCGCAGCUUUGGGUGGACACCACCUCUUGGGUGGUAUUAUUUGUAGAGGUGAGGCCAAACUUGCUUUCCGGGGAAUCAGAAAGGUUCCUUCUGGAGGAUAUUAGCCAGGUUGGGGAUGUUGUCCUUGUCCAAGAUGAAAGUGUUGUAGAGAAUGAAUAUCGAAUGGUUGGACUGGAGACUCUGGUAGGAUACAAGGUUGUAACACCCUCUCAACAGAACAUUGGAAAGGUGCGUGGGUACAAUUUCAACAUAAAUUCUGGGGCUGUUGAAGAGCUUGAGCUUGAUUCAUUUGGACUCUCCAUCAUCCCGUCAAGUUUGGUGACUACCUACUCUUUGAUGAUUGAGGACGUACUGGAAGUUGUAUCCGAUGCAGUUGUCAUACAUGAAGCUGCUGCUUCACGCAUACAAAGACUUUCAAAGGGUUUAUUAGGCAACCAGAACGUUGGGACUCUGGAUGAUGUUGAAGAAUACUAUUCAGACUCUGAAACUGAAAGAUCAGCAACUGCAACUUCGGAUUACGCUUCAAGGUCAAGGAGAAGUUUUAGGAGAAAGAAAGGCAGUCCAAGAGAUUGGGAUACUGAGGAAGAUUUGGAACUUCCUAUGGAUUACCUCUAAAUCUGAUUCAAUAAUUCUCUGGGAACUCUCAAGGAAACACGUCUCUAUAUAAGCGAAGAAGUUCAACAAUAUUUAUAAGCGAAGCAAGUUUCUCUGCGUUAACUCAAUGUAGUUGUUCAUAGCUCAUAACAAUGCUCUUUGUGAGAACAUGUUAUAUUCUAUAGAGAUUCAGUAAUCUAUUAUAGUCCACAGCCUAAUCCACAUUGUGAAUAGCCUUAUUCCCAGAAUGAAGAUUAGCAUUUUCUCUCGACUAA